AUGACAAAAGAUACUCCUCAAUACGGGUUUGGAACCCAUGCCAUACACAGUGGAGCUGCCGUGGACCCAACUACCGGAGCUGUAAUCGAGCCAAUUUCCCUUUCAACCACGUUUGCUCAGUCGCUGCCUGCUAAUCCUAUUGGAACCUACGAGUAUUCGAGAUCUGCUAAUCCCAACAGAGACAACUUUGAGACUGCUGUGGCUCAAUUGGAGCAAGCCAAAUAUGCCAUUGCGCUUUCUUCUGGCUCUGCUACCACCUCGUUGAUUGUUCAGUCGUUGCCAAUUGGCUCUCAUAUCAUUUCCGGAGCCGAUGUGUACGGAGGAACCCACCGUUAUUUCACCCAAGUUGCUCACACCCAUGGAGUCACUGCUUCGUUUGUGGCUGACUUGGGAACUGACCUUGCUGAAAAUAUCACCGAAAACACCAAAUUGGUGUGGUUGGAGACCCCUUCUAACCCAACGUUGAGAGUCACCGAUAUCUCCAGCGUGGUUAAGGUGUUGCGUGAACACGAAUCCAAGACUGGUAAUCGUAUUCUUUUGGUGGUGGACAACACAUUUUUGUCUCCUUAUGUGUCGAACCCAUUGACUUUUGGCGCUGAUGGUGUUAUUCACUCGGUCACAAAGUACAUUAAUGGCCAUUCCGAUGUGGUGAUGGGUGUUUUGGCUUCCAAUGACGAUGAGUUGCACAAGCAAAUUCAGAUUCUUGCAAAAUGCUAUUGGUCUGGUUCCCUCGCCUUUUGA